AUGGCUAGCACAGUAGCACCCUUGAACAAGGACUCGUCCAUCCUCAUCAUCGGAGCUACAGCCUACCAUUUAGCUAAGCGUGGCUAUACCAACAUCACUUGCAUCGACCGCCACCCAUGGCCCAGUCUAGACUCUGCUGGUCAUGACUUGAACAAGGUGAUGCGUACUGAGUACGACGAACCACUUUACACACGACUCGCUUUAGAAGCACUCGACGCUUGGAGAGAUCCAGAAUGGCACGAUGUGUUUUUUGAGACGGGACGUAUCACCACUACGACAGGCGACAAGAAAGCCGAAUCUUUUCUUGAAAAGUCAUAUGAGAAUCUCAAAAUGGCAGGGAAGGUUAGCAACUUAGAGCUUAUUAGUGGCAGGGACGAGAUUGUUAAACGCGUUCCCCAACUGAAGGAUGCAGCCGGGAUUGAGAACUGGAAGGGCCUUUACAAUAGCCUCGGCGGAUGGGUCCACGCUCGAAAAGCCCUGGAGAAAUGGGCAUUCCAGUGCGAGAAGAUGGCCGUAAAAUUCGUCUCAGGUCUGGGCGGUACUAUGGCCGGCCUCGAGCUCGAUACCUCCGGUUCAAUGACUGGAAUCCGUGUCGCUUCUGGUGAGGUCCUUCGUGCGGAUCACUACAUCCUCAGUACGGGCGCUGCAUCGCCACAACUACUGCCCGAGUUGUCGCAACAGCUAUGGUCGAAGUGCUGGACACUGGGACAUAUUCAGCUCACUGAUCAAGAAGCUGCUGAGUGGAAGGGAGUUCCUGUGAUUGAUAACUAUGAGCUUGGGUUCAUGUUUGAACCAGAUCCAGAUACCAAGCUAAUCAAGAUCUGUGACAACAAUCCUGGAUAUCAAUACCAAAAAGGCACCUUCGUCGAUGAGAAAGGUAACACGACUCACUACUCGAUUCCCCGGUACUCAAGCGAUCAUCCUCAAGAUGGCAUCCCCCAUGAAGCUGAAGUCGCCAUCAGAAAGUUCAUCAACACCGUCAUGCCCCAAUUCUCCGAUAGGCCCCUCCUAGAUGCACGAGUAUGCUGGUGUACCGAUUCACCCGAUGCACAUUGGCUCAUUGAUCGCCAUUCCAAACAUAAAGAUCUUCUUCUCGCAACAGGCGAUUCUGGGCACGCGUUCAAGAUGUUUCCGAUUAUUGGGAAGUACAUCGCUGAUGCGCUGGAAGGCCGUGAUACUGAAUUGAGGAAGGAGUGGGCUUAUGGAGGACGGGUUGCGAAACCGGCUUCGCAUCGACCUGAUACUGAGAUUAAGGACUUGAGAGAUGUUUUGGAUCUCAAGAAGGAAACGAGGCUGUGA